CUUGAAUUUGUAUUAUCAAAGUUAUUGAUUUAAAAAUCAAAAAUUGUAAAUAAUAUUUCUGAAAAAAAGUCUAUAAAGUCUCAAACUUUUACAGUCAAACUUGCAAUAUGUCUCGUCCUAACAUUCCAAUGGAUGACCUAAAAACCGAACUUAACAUAGACUAUCAUAAAAUCCCCUUGGAAGAAUUAAUUCAAAGAUUUGAUACCCAUCUAGAAAAAGGACUUACCCAUGCAAAAGCAAAUGCCAUAUUCGAUCGUGAUGGCCCAAAUACAUUAACACCACCAGAACAUACAUCCCAAUGGUUAAAAUUCAUUAAACAUCUUUGUGGUGGUUUCGCAAUACUUUUGUGGGCUGGAGCUUUCCUUUGCAUUCUAUCAUUUGCCAUUCAAGCUAGCAACUCAACUAUUCCAACCGAUGAAGAAAAUCUCUAUUUGGGUUUAGUUUUAGCUGCUGUUGUUAUUAUAUCUGGACUUUUCUCAUUCUAUCAAGAAUCAAGAAGUUCAAAAAUUAUGGAAUCAUUCAAAAAAUUAAUUCCACAAUAUGCAAAUGUUAUACGUGAAGGUGAGAUAUUCCAUAUAAGUUCAGCUUUUCUUGUAGUUGGUGAUUUGGUUCAAGUAAAAGCUGGCGAUCGUCUACCAGCUGACAUCAGGAUUAUAGAAUCUAAUGGCUUUAAAGUCGACAAUUCUUCACUAACUGGUGAAUCUGAGCCUCAAUCAAGAAAUCCAAAAUUUACACAUGAAAAUCCAUUAGAAACUAAGAAUUUAGCAUUUUACUCUACGAAUGCUAUUGAAGGUGUUGCCAAAGGAAUAGUUAUUAAUUGUGGUGAUAUGACUGUGAUGGGUCGUAUUGCUCGUUUAACUUCUGGACUAAAAGCCACAGAAACUCCAAUUGCAAAAGAAAUUGGUCAUUUUAUCAAUUUAAUUACCGGACUGGCAGUUUUUAUUGGAAUAGUAUUUUUCAUUACCACCUGGGCUAUGGGCUAUUACUGGCUUGAUUCAGUAGUCUUUUUGAUUGCUAUUAUUGUCGCUAAUGUUCCCGAAGGUCUCUUAGCCACAGUCACAGUAACCUUAACCUUGACUGCCAAAAGAAUGGCUUCAAGAAAUUGCUUAGUUAAAAAUCUCGAAGCUGUAGAAACUUUAGGUUCAACUUCGAUAAUUUGCUCGGAUAAAACUGGAACGCUUACUCAAAACCGUAUGACAGUUUCACACAUGUGGUAUGAUAAUUAUAUUUUUGAUUUUGACACUACUGAAAAUCGAAACUUUAACAAUGACUUGAGAAGCCAUAGCGAUGGAUUUCAAGCCUUGGCUCGAUGUGCUAUGCUCUGCAGUCGAGCAGUAUUCAAAGAACAUCAAGAAAGGGUUUCAAUUUUGAAGAAAACCGUUAUUGGAGAUGCUUCUGAAGCAGCUUUGUUAAAGUUUAUGGAAUUGGAAGUGGGCAAUGUUAUACCAUUUCGUAGGGAGAAUAAAAAAGUUGCAGAAAUACCUUUCAAUUCGACAAAUAAAUAUCAAGUCUCCAUACACGAAACUCAAGAUCCAACAGAUUCCAGAUACCUACUUGUUAUGAAAGGUGCUCCUGAAAAAAUCCUUGAACGUUGCUCGACGAUAUUUGUAAAUGGCGAAGACAGAAUCCUUGACGGUGAUAUGGUUACCGCAUUUUAUAACGCAUAUGAUGAGUUGGGAACCCUUGGAGAACGUGUUUUGGGUUUUUGUGAUUUCUUGCUGCCAUCUGCAGAAUUCCCUCCCAACUUUCACUUUGACAUUGAAAACAUAAACUUUCCAAUUGAGAAUCUUCGAUUUCUCGGUCUUAUUUCAAUGAUUGAUCCUCCACGAGCUUCUGUGCCAAAUGCAGUCUCCAAAUGUCGUUCAGCUGGUAUCAAAGUUAUCAUGGUAACUGGUGAUCAUCCAAUAACUGCUAAAGCAAUAGCUGAAAAAGUUGGAAUUUUAUCAAAUGAAACUGAGACUAUUGAUGAUAUUGCUAAAAGAUUGGAUAUCCCUUCUUCCAAAGUGUCUCCUCGUGAUGCAUCGGCAAUUGUUGUUCAUGGUGGGAAUUUGAAAGAAAUGUCUGCAGAAGAAUUGGAUGAAAUUCUUCGAAAUCACUUGGAAAUUGUAUUUGCUCGAACUUCUCCACAGCAAAAAUUGAUAAUUGUUGAAGGUUUACAGAGAUUGGGUGCAAUAGUUGCUGUAACUGGUGAUGGUGUCAAUGAUUCUCCGGCCUUGAAAAAAGCUGAUAUUGGUAUUGCAAUGGGUAUCAGUGGAUCGGAUGUUUCCAAAGAAGCUGCUGAUAUGAUUCUUCUUGAUGAUAAUUUUGCUUCAAUAGUUACUGGUAUCGAAGAAGGUCGAUUGAUUUUUGAUAAUUUGAAAAAAUCCAUUGCAUAUACUCUCACGUCGAAUAUUCCUGAAAUUACUCCAUUUCUAGCCUAUAUCCUGAUAAAUAUUCCACUUCCUUUGGGAACAGUCACGAUUUUAUGCAUUGAUUUGGGAACUGAUAUGGUACCGGCAAUAUCGUUGGCAUAUGAAAAGCCUGAAAGUGAUAUAAUGCAUCGUCUUCCGAGAGAUCCAAAUGCUGAUAAAUUGGUCAAUGAAAAACUUAUUUCAAUGGCUUACGGACAGAUUGGUUUUAUUCAAGCAGCAGCUGGGUUUUAUACUUAUUUUGUUAUAAUGGCCGAGAAUGGUUUCUUACCGAAGAGACUCUUUGAUCUGCGAUAUGAAUGGGAUUCAGUAGCUAUUAAUGAUCUGGAAGAUUCGUUUGGUCAAGAAUGGACUUAUAGAGAUAGAAAAAUUUUAGAAUACACUUGUCAAACUGGAUUUUUUGUGGCAAUUGUAAUUGUACAAUGGGCUGAUCUUAUUAUUUGCAAGACUCGUCGGAAUUCAAUUGUUCAGCAAGGUAUGAGUAAUUGGGUGUUGAAUUUUGCUUUAGUUUUCGAAACGGCAGUGGCGUUAUUUCUUUGUUACGGACCAGGCAUGGGAAAGGCUUUGCAUAUGUAUCCGUUAAAGUUAAGAUGGUGGCUGCCAGCUUUGCCAUUUAGUUUGCUAAUUUGGGCUUAUGAUGAAGGAAGGCGUUUUUUGAUGCGAAGGAAGCCCGGGGGAUGGGUGGAGCAAGAGACGUACUAUUAGUUUAUUUUUUUAUAAUUAUAUUUCUUUUUUUUUUAUUAAAUAAAUAUGAAUGAAUUUAUCUUCCGUAA